CAGUCCCAGCACUUCCCCGCCUGCUUGGCUGCUUCUGCUCUCAUGGGUCUUUGUCACAUGCCAGCUCUUGUAGAGACCCCUCUUCCUCUUCCUUUUCCUGCAGCCAUUGAGGACUUAGUAGAUCUGUACAACGUGGCCUCGGGUCUCCUUCUUGCUGUCGCCUUCCUCCUCCGGGGGCUGCCUGUUGGUCCUCUCGCCAUUUCCCCAGCCAUUAAUCUUCAGACUUUGCUGAUUGUCACUCCCGCUUUCUCGCUGUCUAAUAUUGUCGUGAUUUUUAAAAUAAAUCCAGGCACCAGUUUUUCCAACCCAGGGGCUCUUGAGCCAAGGCUGGGAAUCAGCUGCCAAGUGAGGUUGGGAUUCUGAGCUGAUGUCACAGCCAGGUUCCGAUCAGUCCAUUUCCUCUCAGGGGGGGACCUGUUUCCCCUGAGGGUGACCGCUGAACACACCAGCCAAGAGAAAAAGGAGAAAAGCGGAGAAAUCUUUUAGUUCUGUAGCAAGAAAGAAGGAGUGCCAGGAGUUUUCUUUCCCCUGCCCUCCUCCACUGCAACACCUUUUCAUCAUCAUCAUUAUUAAAGUUUUCUUGGUUUACAAAGGGGGAAAGAUCCCACCGGAGUUGUAGAGCUCAUCCAAACCUCUUUCUGCACGGCCCUGGGAAGCGAGGGAGCAGCGGCCUGGCCAGGAGAACAUGCUGAACAUAGCAGACAUGACCUGCUAUGACAAGAAGGUGAGGCAGACAAGUCCUGAGCAGCCGAAUGACCACAUGGUGGUUCCACUGCACUCCAGAGUGAACGGCUGGUCUUUACCACUCCACACGUUCCAGUUGAUCACCCUGGUGCUUUAUUCAUACUUGGCCAUAGUGGGCUUUGGUAUCUACAUUCCUCUUCUCCCAGAUGAAUGGAAAUUGGUCGCCUAUGCUGUGAUUGGCUUAAUUUUUGUGCAUCACUUAAUCACUCAUCUUGUUGCAAUCACUAUCGAUCCAGCAGAUCAAAAUAUAUUGAAGAAGAAAAAUUACAAGAAACCAAUGCCAAUUUUUGACCGAAGCAAAUGCAAGCAUGUUAUUCAGAACCAGUACUGCUAUCUUUGUGAAGCUGAUGUAGGGCCAAAAACCAAACACUGUAGUACCUGCAAUAAGUGUAUUGCGGACUUUGACCAUCACUGUAAUUGGCUAAAUAACUGUGUUGGAAGCCGAAACUACUGGUUUUUCUUCAAUGCGAUUGCUUCUGCUGCUCUUGGAAUCCUUCUGCUGAUUAUGGUGAUGAUAUAUGUCUUCAUCCAGUAUUUCGUGGACCCAGAACGGCUCCGCACAUCUCCCCAGUUUGAAAGUGUCACUAGAAAUGGCACCUGGCUGGUCUUUCUUCCUGUUGCUCCAGUAGAGACUACAGCAGCUGGCAUCCUGAGUGUAGCAAUAUUAACUGUGGUUUUGGGAUCUGCUUCUUUCUUGCUGCUUGGACAUUUGUUGACGUUUCAUCUUUACCUCUUGAAUAAAAAGAUGAACACAUAUGAAUACAUGACUCGACAUCGACCCAGGCUGUCUACCAUAUCUCGAGAAACAAGCACAGAGGGAACAUCAGAUACAACACACACAGUGGACUCUUUACAGGAUGUAACUGAAGUAAGAAAACCAGAUGAAGUAGCACCCUCCUCUAUAUCAGGAACUCAUGCCAAUUAACUGCACUUGAUCAAGAACAGCA